UAGUAUUGUUUGUAUUGGAUUUACAAACAAAAACAAAAAACAUUUGUUUUCAUUGAUUGACUGAAUGAAACACAUAAUAACAAUGUAAUGACUGGUCACAGAUAGACCCGCGACCCGCACGAGAUGUUUACCGAUUUUACCGAAGUUGUUGGUCACCGCCGMCGCCGCCGCUAAUGAUGAUGACUCUGUACGCCAUCGACAGCUGUGUAUCGCCGGUAACCGCAUCGGCGCCAUCGGUUGCCACACUGACCACUACUACUACGUCGACUGUAUCGCCGUCACCGUCAACACAGUCAUCGGUAACCUCUGCCGCAACCGUUACCGCUGUCCGCUGGGAUUAUUUGCCCGGCAAUGUCUACGAGUUGAUCUUCUCGCACGUUCCCCAACGGGAUCUAUUGUCCUGUAUGUUGGUCUGCCGUAAAUGGUAUCAAACCAUACGUGACGAUCGGUCGGAUGUCUGGCGGGUUCACUGUCUGAACAAACUAUCCAAACAGAUACUGAAAAGCGAUGUUUUAUCAUCGCUGUCAUCAUAUAAGGCCAAACUGCGGGCCUAUUUCUAUGCCUGGGAUUCAAACGACUGUUCGCGUAAUGUCUAUAUCAAACCAAACGGUUUUACACUUCACCGAAAUCCUGUCGCCCAGAGUACCGAUGCGGCCAAAGGCAAAGCCGGUUUUCUGGUUGGCCGACACAGUUGGGAGGUCUGGUGGGAGGGACCGCUCGGGACAGUGGCCGUCGUAGGCAUUGCCACCAAAGACGCUCCCGUCCAGAGUGCCGGCUAUGUGGCACUGUUGGGCUCCAAUGCGGACAGUUGGGGCUGGAAUCUUGUCGACAACAAUCUCAUACACAACGGCGACUGUCACGGCAACUAUCCGUUGCUGAACAAUGCGCCCAAAUAUCAAACUGGCGAACGACUUCGGGUGAUACUCGACUGCGACGAUUCGACACUGUCUUUUGAACGCAACUACGAGUUUCUUGGUGUCGCCUUUCGCGGACUGCCCAACAAACCGCUCUAUCCGUCGGUAAGUGCUGUCUACGGCAAUACCGAAGUAUCAAUGGUUUAUCUCGGCUAUCCCUACGACGGUUAGCACAUACAAUACACACACACACACCUCAAAACCUAGUCAUACACAUCUAAGCACCGGUAGUUACUAAAAAUUUUAUAGUACUCUCUGGGUCUCUAUAGAUUUUACCGGUAAUAUUCAAUUUGAUUGAAUUGACAAUUUCUAUACCACUAUCUUUAUUGUACAUUAUUUGGUAAUAUAAUUAUCAGUAUAAUACAGUAUAAAACAAUUUUGUUGUAAUACUCUUUUGCAUUAUAUUUA